UUCGCAAGACUGGCGAACCGUUGGUGGACCGGACAAGUGCCGUUGCCGGGUAUUGAACCGGCAACUGGUUCACCUGGCUUGAAGAAACGUGAACGAGACCUUUCCAUUUCCACCACCGAAAACGGUGGUGGAAGUAGCGGUGGAGCAGAAGAUGAUGAAGAAAGAGAGAACGGUGAACCCCAAGAAGGAGCGGUCGAGGUCGGAACUCGUCGUCCAAGAGGCCGACCACCCGGUUCAAAAAACAAACCAAAACCCCCUAUCUUUGUCACUCGAGACAGCCCUAACGCUCUCCGAAGCCAUGUCAUGGAGGUCUCAAGUGGUUCCGAUGUAGCUGAGAGCGUAGCUCAGUUCGCCAGAAGAAGACAGAGAGGUGUAUGUGUACUUAGCGGUAGUGGAGCUGUAGCUAACGUCACAUUACGUCAGCCAGCGGCGCCUGGAGCGGUGGUGGCACUUCACGGCCGUUUCGAGAUACUUUCUUUAACCGGUGCUUUCUUACCUGGACCAGCACCACCUGGUUCAACCGGUCUGACGGUUUACUUAGCCGGUGGUCAAGGUCAGGUUGUGGGUGGAAGCGUUGUGGGAACACUUAUUGCAGCAGGUCCGGUUAUGGUAAUUGCUGCCACGUUUUCUAAUGCCACGUAUGAACGGUUACCGUUAGAAGAAGAUGAUGAUAAUGGAAGUGGCGGACAAGGUCAACUCCCCGGCGGUGGUGGCUCGCCACCAGCAAUUGGAAACAGUGCCGGACAACCACCACCAGGUCUGCCUGAUCCAUCGUCGAUGCCAGUUUUCAAUCUGCCACCAAAUCUUCUCCCUAAUGGUGGACAAUUAGGGCAUGAUGCUUAUGCUUGGGCUCAUGCUCGUCCACCUUACUGACCCGUAUAGAU